AUGACUAGCUCAUUCUCUCGUCUUCCACUAGAAGUGUUAAUUAUCGUUCUUCAACAUGCACCAGAUCUUCCAACAAUCUACAAAUUCAUCUGUGCAUCUGCGAGCGCUAACGCGGCAUUUGAAAUCAGUCCAUCUCAUAUUUUGGAUAAUGUGAUAGAACGCUCAAUCCCAGAAUUUAAGCAUCUAGCUCGGAUGGUUGCUAUUCUAGGCUCAUUUUCAGCGUCAUCAUUACAUCUCACCUUUAAGAAUUUGGUUGACAAGUACAAAAAUUUACCAAAAGACAUGCUUACUACAGCUCCAGCAUCUUUUGCGUUUGAAGCUGGUACACCAGGUCCUCGCUAUCUAGUUCUCACAGGAUAUCGCAUAGAGAUCCUUCAACAUAUAUGCUUCGUCUCUCUUCUUCAGAAUAUCCAUGAGGCAGCUGCUUGGUGGCCUCCAUCAUGGGCCGAAAAAGUGAUCUAUCCCGACCUCAAAACAGAUGAUUAUAGAUUUUCUCAAUAUAGUGCGGUAAUCCAGCAUAUCAACCCAUGCAUUGGACCGGAUUUGAGAAGCUAUAAAAAUGUGUGUCAUGAAGUUGAAGAAAUGAAGUGUGUACUGGCAGCUACUUAUGACUUCUUGAGUUACACGGAUGACCUAUAUCAUCUAUUUACACCAUUCACAAGCACAAGUCGAGACCCUCAUAACUUCCAUAUUAAAAAAUGGACAUCUUCUACUAUUUCUGAAGAGACUUCGCACUGGAGAUUUGAAGAGCCAAAGCCAAUGAACGGAGUUAAGGAUCUACAUAACGGUCAGCAUAGUUUUUGUGUGAACAGCAUAAAUAAUGGUUUCAGGCUAUGGUAUUGGAGUUGCUGGUUUAAAGACUUAUAUGAACGUCCUGCAUCAAAGCCACACAGCUAUAAUCCUCAAUUUCCGGAUUAUCUUGGUCUCUGCAUCUGGGACUACAAACGGCAAGGUUAUCUUGGACUUGCAUAUAUGUAUGAUGGGUUCCUGGAUCCAUGCUUGGGUCCCCUAAGGAGCCCUAAUAACCGCUUCUUUACUUCGACUCGUAUAUCGACUCGAUGGCGGGAUGUAUUCAUGCGAGAGGUGGUCAGAUUACCAGGAGGACAGUUGCGGUGGCUUUCAAAGGACUUGGAGAUUCACAUACGAGAAUGGGACAUUCCAGAACGUCUGAAAGAUAUCAUAGAUCGGUGGCGUCUGGAUUAUGACUGGGGUUUGUUCGAGUUGCGCGGCUAAGUUUUAUGAUGCUUAGGACAUGAUAGAAGCAAAUGGGAGGAGCAGUAUAAGGCUUUUCGCCAGUCUCUCUGGGGAUUCCCUCCAGGGGGACACUAUAUGCCAGUAUACCUUAUGGGGGAGCGGAUCUGAUCCUUCAACAGCGUUGAGGACUCUCUUUGGUUGGGGCCGAUUGUUCAUU